AUGUGUGAUCUUACACCAUCCUCUGAAAUAGCUCAAUUCAUCAAGAGAGCAAGGCUGAUUAUAUGGGUCGAGUGUUCCAUGAUUCGAAAAGACUUGAUUGAAACUAUAGACAGAACCUUCAAAGGCGUGAUGAAAAACAGCUUACCUUUUGGUGGCCGCUUGAUCGUUUUCGCUGGCGAUUUUCGCCAAGUUCUCCCAAUCGUCCCAGGUGCAAGUAGAUCAGGCAUUGUGUCUCAAUGUAUCAACCGCUGCUACUUUUGGUCACAACCAACAAACUACAAACAGUUUUCUAGCUAUUUACUACAAAUUGGUGAACGAAAAGUUAGAACGGUGACAUUACCUGAGGACAUUCCUUCGGAUUUUGUGCGUAUCCCAGAUGAAAUGUAUCUCAAUUCUACCAACUUGCUGGAUUUGCUAGCUACUGUGUUUCCAAACAUCAGCAAUAGCUCAACGAUUGACCAAUAUUUUGCGAAACGUGUUAUAUUGACCCCAAAGAACCAAGAUGUUGCAGUCAUAAACAAUCUGCUACUUGACAACUUGCCGGGAAGAAAGUUCACUUAUUACAGCUAUGAUCAAGUCUGUGAUUCUCAAUUUCGAAUGCAGGUGCCUCUCGAGCUUCUCAACUCCAUAGAAUCUGGCUCUCUGCCUCCACAUGGAUUGGUUUUGAGAGCUGGGUCUCCAAUAAUGAUCUUGAGAAACUUAGAUCCUUCAGCUGGAUUAUGCAAUGGAACCAAGCUAAUCGUGAAACCUUUGGGUGUUAGAAUAAUUGAAGCCACCAUUGUCACAGGGCCAAAAGCAGGUGACGUUGUGUAUAUCCCAAGGAUCUAG